AUGGCCGAGUCUUCUUCCAUCGCGCCUUUACCUAACCUUUCGAAUCUCUGGGGACCCUCCCUUGACGAAGAGGGCGACCAGCAGGCUGUGGCACCUAUCGAGACCCUAGGUCCGAUAUCCGUUGACGAGCACUCGCCAAACUAUGGUGCCGGAGAGGAACCCCUAAGGGAGGCGGCCUCUGCCGAGGGCGAUGCCCGGGAAGUUGCUCAAUACAAUGAGGAGGUCACUGCCGUACAGGAAGGAUCAGAAACCCUUAUGACCGAGUCAAGGCCUUCUAAGGAUGUCAGUCCAGUGGCCGUACAGGAAGGAUCAGCAACCCUUAUGACCGAGUCAGGGCCUUCUAAGGAUGGCAGUCCAGUGGCCGUACAGGAAGGAUCAGCAACCCUUAUGACCGAGUCAGGGCCUUCUAAGGAUGGCAGUCCAGUGGCCGUACAGGAAGGAUCAGCAACCCUUAUGACCGAGUCAGGGCCUUCUAAGGAUGUCAGUCCAGUGGCCGUACAGGAAGGAUCAGCAACCCUUAUGACCGAGUCAGGGCCUUCUAAGGAUGGCAGUCCAGUGGCCGUACAGGAAGGAUCAGCAACCCUUAUGACCGAGUCAGGGCCUUCUAAGGAUGGCAGUCCAGUGGCCGUACAGGAAGGAUCAGCAACUUUACACCAUCCGACGAUACCCAAGGUUAAUAUACAGGGGCUGUCAGCAUCCCCUGCAAUCAACAGGGGCACUUCUCUUUCGUUGGUUUCGCCGUCGAACCCACUAGAAGCGACUAGCAGCUACACCAUGCAUUCAACUUCCCAGUACGAACGGCUCUCUGGUGCUACUCACCGAACCAUAGGAGGCCCUGAGGGAGAGGUCUGGGGGGCCAUAGACAUCUCUAGGUCCAACAUAGGCAGAUACAAGACCCAACGCAUCUACUUCUCUAGCCCUCGUGCCUAUACUGGGAAACAGCACCUUAUACGCAAGGAGCACCGAGACGCUGCUAGGCGGAUCUUACAGGCGUACCAGUCGGAGUCUGCUAGGUCUCGGAUGGACGUGAGCCAAUCGAGGAUGAGUUGUCAGAGUCAUGUUGGGGAACGACAAGGCCUCCUAAGGGAGCGUGCCCGUCUUCGAGCACGAGUAUUGGGGCUCACCAGGACUAGGGAUCAGCUGAGGCAUGCACUGAAGACCUCAGUCGAAGUGCUUUGGAGGAAGGAUGCCGAGAUAAAGUCCUUGAGGUCGUUGUUGGAGGAUCAGGCCCCUCCUUAG